GCAACAGGUAGGGGACAGAGAUAACUUGUUCACAGUGAAGUUGUGAAAGAAACGAAAAUGCAGUCCACACCGAGAAUAAUUAUUCCAGUGUUCCUAAUAGCCACCGUGAUUGCAGGCUCAUCUCAUAGUGGAGCAAAACUACGCCGUGAUGGAGUAUUAAACCUAUACCCAUUUCCAAGGGUUGGACGCUCAUCUCAUCAGACCUGGCAGAUACCUAUACAUGAUUUGUUAGAUCAAGACUUACACAAACGGCAACUUUACGCAUUUCCCCGCGUGGGUAGGUCGUACCCAAUCCAAAUAUCUCCUUCGAAAUUGGAAGAUCUUCUGUUUGGAAGGAGUCAUGGAUUUGCGAAGAGAGAAAGCGAGAGCACGGAUAGCACGGGAAUGUGGUUCGGGCCAAGACUUGGUAGAGGAUUCACGAGUGAAGAUGAUACAAUUUCCAGUGAAGACAGGAGUGAACCAGAACAGAUCGAUUUGGAAUCCGAACGGGAAAAACGAGAUACGAAACACAACUAAUUGUCUGAAUGAUUGCUUAUUUUAAUUUUAAUUCUAUGUUAUUUAGUUAGUGUAAUUAUUUAUUUAUCUCUCUCAUUUAAAGCAUAUUCUAAUAUUUGACAACUUGCCAUUAUAAUUACGAUUUAUUUAAAAGUUAUUUAAUUAUGUGAAUAAGAGUUUAAUUACAGGUUCUUAAUAAUGAAGUCGAUAUUAUAAUUCUUUAAAAGUAAACCAUAUUGUGAGAUUUAUUGUCUUGUUGUAAUAAAUAAAUGGUGUAUAAAUCUUAAAUUGAAUCUAGUCAAUAUUAAAAUGUAAUAUAGGAAAUUUCAUAAUAAGUUUAUAUAUUUUUUUAACUAAUCCAAUGUUGAAUUUGUGUAUGUGUCUACGAUAUUGUUAAGUUAUAAUAUAAAUGUUAUUAGUUAAACUACUGUUAACCGGAGUUAUUUCUGCGGCUGGGUGGAAUUUUUAUCCAAGAAAUAGUUCUGGGACUCAGUAGGUAUUUGUAACGUUACUGAAAUUAAAGGCAAAUGUAUUUUA